GCAACGGCGGCGGCGGCGCGCGCGGAGCCGGCGGUCGGCUCGUGCUUCGCCCGAUUGGCUGGAGUUUGGCGCAUGCGCUGAACGGAUUCUAAAAAACAACAACCGCUCGCGCCGCCUGCUGGCGCCGGUUGAGGGGAGAGUUUCGAGGUUUCUUUGGCCAGAAGCGUCCGUGAUGUGGCAACCUUUUCUGCCCAGCCUGCUUUUUCUCCUCCUCCAACUGAAGCUUUGCCUCUCGCUGAGACAAUGCAAGUGGUUUACUUCCCUCAUUGACACCCCGAAUCUCAUGGGACUCUCCAGCAGCUUCAUCAACCAGGAAGAAGUUCGCGAAGUGGCCGCCAUCUUCCAUGAACUCAAAGACUCACCGGUAGAUCCCAACGACAAAGAUGCACGUUACUAUGGAUUUCCAUACUUCCUGAAAGUAACUCUAUUUUGCAUCUAUCGGACCCAACAGAUGGCCAUCCGGGUGGGCCACUACAGUGGACUGAGACCCAUCGUGAGGGUCUCCUUUGAAGAACCCGUCAACCCCGUGCGCCAGAAACAGGAACGUUUACGGAUCGAAAUGAUGACCGCCCCACACCGGAUGAACGAUUCAGACUAUUGUGAUAGUGAGGAAGUUUGCAAGAUGUUUUGGUUCGCUCCAAUGCCGUUCCUGAACGGUAGUGUUGUGACCCGUGUUCUGGUGAGGACUAACGGCUUUGGGCUCCCUAUACUCAACAGGAGGUUCUACAUUAACAUAAAUGGAUACAUGGAACCUUCCGAGAGAUCGGAAAGAUUCAGGAUUGGAAAAAAGUUGUACAGCCUGAAGAAAAUCUUUGGGCUGAAGGACCCGUCGCGCCCUUUGUGGGCCACCCACCAGCAAGCCCCCGUGCUGAUCCUGGGAGGGAUCCCGGAGAAGAAAGUCGUCAUCAUUUCAGAUACGAGCUUUGAUACAUUUCACGUAAUAGAGGUGGGCAUCGACAGCUGCUGGAUCGGCUCCGUCUUAUGCCCGCAGGGAAUGUUCUCCUCUUCCAUUGUAGAUACCAUCGCUACCGAAAGCACUCUUUUCAUCCGACAAAAUCAGCUGGUCUAUUACUUUACAGGGCAUUAUCCAAUUUUACACCUAGAAACCAAAGGAUCUGAACUGUGGACACGCAUCUUGAACAACGUCUGCGUGAAGAAGCUCGUUCCCGUCUUUUUCCCUUACAAUAACAGCGAAUACGUGAUCGCCCUGGGCGGCGGCGCUCAGGAUGGGGAAUUCUUCCUUAUCACUUGCAAAGAUGGAGUUGUGAAGGCAAGUGCCUCCCUAAGGCAACAGAGAAGGAGCAUCUGCUUUUUAAUGUUCAGAGCUGCCUGCUCCAUCUUAUGGGCCUCUCUGACACAUGAGAACAAGUUCCAUUUGCUGGUGAUGCGGAAGUCAACCAAUGCAUCCUUCGUCGUUUCAUACGACAGAGAGUACAAAAAAUUUCAAGCACUGUAUCACAUCCCUUCCCAUGUACCUAAGGCCUCUGAUAAAGGGUUCGUGAUGCUCCUGGGCACCGAGGUGUACACCAAAAAACGCCUGAUCGCACGAGGCUUGGCUUACAACCCCUUCAGCAAGGCUUUUUAUAUUUGGGGGAACGUGAUCUUGCAAAGCCAAGAUAUGACGAAUUACAUCUACCUUUCCAAUUUCCCAAGUGACUCUCCCAUCAAGGAUUUUGUUCUCUCUUUUAAAGGGCCUUUUGCUGUUGUGACAGACAGGGAGGAGCUCUGGGUGUCGAAUGAAAACGGCAUAGCAUUUAGAAAGGUUUAUCCUUCGGAUGCCUGGAAUAAGUUUGUUGCUCUCCAAACGAUGAGAGGGUCUACGAGAUACCCCCAGUCAGCCAAACAGGCCAUCGUCAGCAUAUUCUACAACAAGGAAGGCUUGCACGAGCUGGUUUAUACGGUAGCUGGUCCUGGCAAAGAAAGGCUCCUGAAGAGGGAUUUCCCUCAGGAUACCGUCCUGACGUACGAUCUGCUGAUCAGCACACCUCACAAAAAGAUGACGUUCAACGGGAAAGACUACAUCCGGUUCACCCACCGUUGCCCCUUUGCUGCCUUGCGCGUGCUGGAUCUGCCACACCCACAGCGCUUUACUCGAGUGGAGCAUUACUGGGCCACGCCUCCAGACGUCAUGGAGAAAUCCGGAUUCCACGAUGAGAGGUCGCUCACCGUCUACCAGGGCCUGGUCUACCAAUUGCUUCAGCUGCACACCUCCUAUCACAGAUCUUAUGCAGACCCCGUCCACGACCCCACCUGGCGCUGGUGGAAGAACCAGAAAGAAGAGGCCGAAUAUUUCAACUAUAAGGCAAGCAACUGGAAAUCAUUGGGGGGCAUCUAUGUUGACAUGGCCAACUAUGCCAAAAUUUACAACUUGAUGCCGGAUAACGAUGUACCCGAUACCAUCUACCUGGACAAGAAUACAGCCUACUCUUUUAACGUCUUCCUGACCAUCAGGACAGCCCGAGAGAGCCUGGGAGAGACGGCCGAAGAAAAUUCCCUCCACUAUAUCUGGCUGGCUAUCAUUUUGGCCCAUCCCGAGUACGUCCAGACAGAACUGCAGAGGCAGGAACUCAUCAGCAGAGGAUCGGUGUUAUAUCGCGUAACCAUUAAAGACAAUGGGAAGUACCCAAUACAGCAGCUCAGUGGGAAGAACCUUUUGAAAAGCUCAGCUGGCUUAAAGAUUGUCCGUUCGGAAAUGUCCUGUUAUCACCAUACAACCCUGGCCCCACAGUUGAAGGGUACUGAUACCAUGGGGAUUUAUAUUGGGUGCCCCCCAGGCAAGAGAUUGGCGUUUGACAUCACGUAUACAAAGAAUUACACCACGGAGAAGAACAAGCGCUACUUUGACUGUGUUGAGCCAGAUCCAGAAAUGCCCUGUUUUUUCUUCAGCGAUGUGUUCUUCCCAUCCUUCUUGAUCCAAGACAUGGUGACAGGCGACUCGGGACAAUUCCAUGGCAGCUACCUCUUUAGCAUCAUUGGCGGAGGGGCCUUUUCGCAGAGCAACAUCAGAUACUUCACUCAGGAAGAGAUCGUGAAAUACAACACCAACAGUAACGAGUCCGCUUUGAUAUGGGCGAGAGCCGACAUAGAAAUUAAUCAAACCAACGACGAAGGCUUUCCAGUCCUUUCUGGAACCAACUCCGGAAUUGUGUGGAUUUGUCAAAAAGAUUCUCCAUGUUACGAUAUCGUCCCCCAAAGUAUGGCUGCUCCCGAUUAUUACUUUGUGAUAAAAGUAUCCAACAGGGGGGUGGAUCAAACCACUUACUGCGACUAUGCCUUGGAGUUCAUCAUUCACAUCCACGGCCUGCGUCUCAGCCCUGACCGUGCCCUGUAUGUAAUGAAGAUUUCAAUGGCUACUGUGAUCGGACUGGUCGUUCUGUACAUCGUAGUAGACGUAGUGGCUCCCUGGCUUAAACAGCACUGCAACAGGCUGGUGCGGAAACUGGAGGAAGUCAUCGCAUUUCGGGCUGAAUCCAGCCUCACCUUCUCCUCUUCCUUCAGCAGUCAAAGCUCCCUUCAAAAGCUGCCUUCUGAUCUCAGUCAGGGGGAUCCCAGCAUUAAUAUCCCCUUCUCCUCCCACAUCCACUCCAGAAAGGGGCCACACCACCAUGGGACACAGUAGACCCGCCGUGACUUGCCAAAUUCAUCGGAUCGGGCGGUUUUCUGGUGCCUGCGUGCGUUAUCCUUCAUCUGUGGCAACUGUCCAAGAAAGAUCGGAUUCUUUCUCACCGUUACUUGUACAUAGUAAGCGCCAGCUGUCUGAUUUUGGGGCCAAGGGACCCAGACAGGCCGCGCCACGCAUCUGCAGAUUGUGCCAGGCAGCGAGACGGCAGAUAUUUGUCUUUUGCCGAGGAGCAAAUUGUUUGGUUGAGGCCUUCGCAAAGCAAAUCUUGCCAAGGAUUCCAAAAUCAUCCAUUCCCUCCCGUACCAUACCUAUAAACUGGCACCGCCAAAGCAGCCAACUAUCACAGCCUCCUGAACCGCAACUGAAGCAUCUUUUUUCCGUUGAGGGUGGAACGGUCAAGUCAGGAGCGGAUCUUGUUAUUUUAUUAUAUUUAUUUAUUCAUUAGGUUUUGUUUCCCGCCCAGCUCACCGUGAGGUGACUUCGGGCCGCUUACAAACCUGAAUUCGUUUAGGGUAUUUUAUUACGGUUAGGCCACCGGUUUCCCUUCCCUUCUGUUUUCUAAAAAUUGUACUUCUUUAUCCCGAUCCUCUCUCGGAUGGUGCAGUUCCGUAUCUCGAUGCUGGGAAUUGUUACAGAGUGAAACUAAACAAGGAGGUCGCCGUUUAAAAAAAAGAAAUGUGAGCGGUAGAGAAACUAAGAAUCCUUACCAGCAGGGCAGGUGAGAUUCUGAUUGUUUGUUCGUCGUUUCCGGAAUUUGGUUUUGUUUUAAUAAAUGUUUGG